AAAAGGAACAAGCUCUGAAUAUACUUACUAAUGUGGCUAAAGUUAAUAAGAAAGAAAUGCCAACAGACGACCUUGCGGUCCCAGCAUCUCAUGACUCUAAAGGUUUCUUGGAGCUUUUUCGCGGCAGAAAAAUGGCAUUGAUGACUCUUGUACAGUGCUAUGCGUGGUUUAUAAAUGGUAUGGUAUAUUAUGGUGUAUCGUUAAGUUCUGGUGAAUUAGGAGGGAGUAUUUACUUGAACUUUGUCAUGGUCAGUCUUGUAGGGAUUCCAGGAAAUUACCUGGUCAUCGACAACUCAAAUCGGUUUGGUCGGAAGAAGACAGUGAUUGGUCACUUUAUAGCUGGCGCCAUUUGUUGCAUUGCUGUGUCUUUUAUACCUUCAGGAACAGACAAUACAGGAUUUAUAGUUGGUCGAGUGACGCUGGGUUCUCUUGGCAAGCUGUUCAUCAUUGUUUCCUUCAAUACUAUAUAUAUCUGGUCCGCAGAAAUCUUUCCAACUGUUGUCAGGAACACAGGCAUGGGUUUGAUGAUCAUAACUAGCCGUAUAGGAGCUGCAGCGUCGCCGUUUGUGGUCCAAAUGUCUCGUAUCAGUGCUAUUCUACCCUUUACUUUAAUGGGAGCUGGCGCAUUCCUCGCUGCUUUUAGUUGUAUAAUUUUACCAGAAAYAAGAGGAAUGCCAACYCGUGAAGUUGUCGGCGACGAAGUUAUGAUGAAUGAAAUGGCCAUUAAAGACGAUGCCAAGAUCAAGAACGACACAAAACACGACAUAAACCUAUUUUCAAAAUGAACCAGAAUCUGAGAAGUCAGAAAAUUAGAUGUAAAAGUUUUUCAUAUUUGCUUCUAAAGGAAUACCAAAAAUCUUUGACAAAUUAUAGCUUUCGCCGAGACUUCAAAAAAUCUUGUAACAGCCAUAAACUUUACAAAUGUAAAUCACUCCAACAUAAUGAUUUUCGUACGUACAGGCCAGGGACUACCAAGAAUAGUGAAAACUAGUUUCGUUUAUUAAAACCUCUUCUUUCACGAAGAAAGAGUGAAACUUUGCUAAUAUCCCGCGUGCUAGAAUUAAUUAAUUAAUUAAUUAGUUGUUUUGUAUGCGCGUCCACCUUUCUCGUUUUGUGUUGGUGCGCGCGCCGUUAGUGCGCGCUACCCAUCAAUGUUUGUUUACGAAUUUUUCUUCAACUGUUGUAAAACAUAUAGUGAACUGAAGAGGUUUUAAUAAACGAAUAGAUUCGGCAAAGGAAACCCAAAACUAGAACUCAACUACCAUAAUGCUUUGCUGUACAAAAUGGCGUCGCUGCGCAUUUCUAUUAUGUUCCAUGCAAUCCGAUUCCCAUCCAGUCCAAUUCUAUUGUUACGCACUGAGAACCUGAGUCAACAUUCAUUCAACAAAGAAUUGAAUUCGUUGAGAAGAGUGUACACGACCGUACGAGAAACCACAAUAAAGGCACAGAUCAUUUUUUUUUCUUCAAAAAAUGUCCAAAAAAUCCAUGGUUCAUUAUAAAUUGCGUGAGAAAUGGCUGCGUGAAAUCUCUAGUUGAUAUCUAUACUGUCAUAACUAGGUUACCUAGUAACCAAGCAUUUUGAUUGUGACACGUAUAAGUCCGUUCACGUUUUUUGCGGGUUUUCCGUCUUGCCGAAUUAUUAAAAUGAGUGCAACGGUGAUUGUUGCUGUCUCUGUGAUGCUAGUAUAAUCAUCAUCAUUUUCAUCGA